AACGUAAGCCCUAAUCCCGAAGCCUGGAUCCUUCAAAUAUCAGCACAAAUCACCAUUCAUGGUUGCACUCGGUCUGAUAUUUUAAUCUUCUUCCCCGACCAGCACUGCCACCAUGUUCUUCCCUUUUCGACGUCCGUCCACUGCUCCAGCUGCUCCUCCACCCGAGUUGGCCCAUCGUCGCGAGAAAUGUCCAAUCUCUCGAGUCCGUCUUCGGACGGGCACCCUGGAGCCAUGGCUGUUGGUCAAAUACCGAGACGCGGUGCAAGUUUUGCAGACUGGCGAUGAUGGGACAGCCUGGUCGAAGGAUCGGAGACGAAGUGGAUACCCAGAGAUAUCUCCAGUAGCACCCGCAGCGCUGAGCUCGCCCACCUUUGUCUAUCUGGAUGAGCCGGACCGCCAUCAUGAUCGGGCUGCGAUAGACCGACUGUUGUCCCCCGAGAACAUAGACCGUGGCUGGCCCGGCCUGGUCCACAAGGUAGUCAAUGCACUCCUCGACCGACUGAGUGGGAGGCCCUCAGUCGAUAUCCAUGCGGAGUUCGGCCUCCGCGUCCCCGUUUACAUCAUCUACACGCUUUUGGGUGCCCCCGAAGCAGACCUCGAACAGCUGACGCAGUGGGCCACUGCGAAUCUUCGCCCCAAGGUGCCGGCCACCGAGAUCGCAAUCGCCCAGCAGAAUCUACUCGCGUAUCUCACACGACUGAUCGACCAGCGACGUCUCGAACCCCGCAACGACAUCACCAGCCAGCUCCUUGCGCAAGAGACCAGCUCGUCCGGCUGUGCGCUGGAGACAGCAGCUCUCCUACGUAUCCUCACUCCUAUGACCGUCACAGCGACGAUCACCCAUCUCAUUAGCUAUGGUCUCAUCCUUCUACUCCAAGAGCGACAGCGCGAGCAAACAACCAGCACGCUCUACAAUCAACUCCGUCUUCAUCCCGACCAAGAAGACCUCAUCCCCGCCUUUGUCGACGAAGUCUGUCGGCUCCACACGAGCUCGACCGUCGCUCUCGCCCGCGUCGCGACGCGCGAUGUGCAGCUGGGCGGUCCAGCCACGGAUGGCGGUCGCCUCGUCCGCGCGGGCGAAGGCAUUCUGAUCUCUCUACAGUCGGCCAACCGCGAUGAAGACGUCUUUGACUGUCCCGACCAGAUUGAUCUUUGUCG